AACUGAAUCAGCUGACCGGACUUGUCAAACGCGGAGUUACGCGCAUUCUACACAGGAAAACGGUAAUUGUAAUAUAUUGCGUAAUUGUUUUCCGACGAAUUGAAAUAAAUACAGUACGUUGUGUUAAAUAUACAAAUAAAUUAUCGUAUCCAUCUAAUCGCAAUCCACGGGUGACAUGCCAGAAAUAAAGAAAUAUGACAUAUAUUUACAUACGCGACGUACACAUACACACAUACACACACACGUAAGAGCAAUUUUUCGAACAAAGGAUCGGGCGUACGAGAAAUACUGAUACCCCAUUUUGCUUAUCUACAAUUUCUAAUUGUAGUCAUCAAAUAAGACGACUUAAUGAGUGUGCUUGUUCGUCGUUUUAUCGGAUAUUUCGUUACUGAGUUACGCAGAGUGAGUUACACAGAGUCAGUACUUUUGAUAAACAUUACGGAAAAUAGCAAUGGAUGUACCUGUUGCGAGAUGGAGAUGUUAUUUACUUGUACAACCGCUUGCAAUGCUGUUUUUGCUCGCUUUGUCUAUGUCAGGUAACGUCUUGACAGACUUAAUAGUAUAUCGUACUUGUGUUGUAACCAUGAAAAUAAAUAAAACAGAAUGUGAUAUACUUCAUAACAAUAGCAGCAGUGAAGAGGCUCUCAGAAUCAAUUCUAUUGUACAACCAUAUACAGGCCUAAUUCUAAUGGGUAAAUCGUUCAUCGAAAGUAUCUUCCCUACGAUUUUGACUUUAUUUCUGGGACCGUGGAGUGAUAAGUAUGGAAGGAAACCUAUUCUAAUUUCAGUAUAUAUAGGUAUAUCUUCAACUUUUUUUCUGCUCACUUUUAUGUCUAAUUGGGACAUAGUACCUUGGUAUUUUCUGUUAGCCUAUAUUCCAUUUGCUUUCCUAGGAGGCACAUCUGCAUUAAUGUUAGCUUCAGUGUGUUAUAUUACUGAUAUAACAAGCGAUAAUGAGCGGGCAUGGCAUUUAGCCUGGUUAGAUGUUUUAAUAAGUGUCGGCUUGCUAAUCGGUUUACUUUCUGGCCCGCUGAUAUUCAAGGCAUACGGUUACGCUGCUGUGUUUGGUACUGUGACUGUGAUCUGCAUUCUGACGACGUUGUACAUAUUUUUUAUCCCAGAAACUAUACAAAACGAAAUCUCCAGUAAGAAGAUAUUCAACUUUAAGUUCAUAAAGGAUAUUUAUGAUACAUGCAUUAAGAAAAGAGAUGGAUUCGAUAGAUUGUUAGUCUGGAGCUGCAUAGCUUGCCUUAUACUUCAAUUGAUUAUCAUCCAGGGCAGUUCUUCUAUCGGAUUUUUAUUUGCAAGCGCGCGACUUGGCUGGACUGUAGAAGAAUAUUCUACUUAUGUAGCUUUAAAUAUAAUGAUAACAGUACUUGGCACGAUGUUCGGCGUUAAAUUAAUACCGAAGUACACAGGACUUCCAGAAGCGAUAAUUGCCAUAAUAUCCGUUAUAUCAGCUCUUGGUAGCACUAUAACAGGUGCCUUUGCGUGGAAAUCUUGGCACAUGUAUCUUGCUAUGAUUAUAGGAAUGUUUGGCGACAUAUCUCGAUCGAUGGUUCGUGCUAUUUUGUCCAAAGCAGUACCUGCGCAGGAUAUAGGGAAAGUAUUUUCCCUGGCCAUGUCAUUGGAGACUUUGAUACCAUUUGCGGCAACUUCUCUGUACACACUCCUCUACUCUCACUAUAUGCCACCUAUAUACCCCCUACCAGCAGGAUUCUUAUCAGCAAUAUUCUAUGUCUUAACUAUUGGGAUAUUGAUAUGUAUUCAAAUACAAGUGAUAAAACGCACUAGAAUACUUUCUUCUCAACUGACCGAUAGUGACUCAGCUGACUGAUAGCUGUUAUCAAAGAAAAGCAAAUAUGAAAUGUAUUUGCAAGAUAAAGUAAAAUUGAAUGUAAAAAAAUAACAUUCGCAUGUCUACAUUUUUCGACAAUAUAUGAAGUUUAUUGUGUUUUUAUAUGUAUAAAUUUUACAUUUAGAAUUUUUUUAUUAUAA